UACUGUCAUGUAUUCAUGUGCAUUAGUAUAAGCUUGGAAAUUUACAUUGAAUUUCUUCUUGCCUUUUCUUACAGUGAGAAAUGUGAGGUUUUACAGUAUAGUGCAAGGGAAGCUCAAGAUGCAGAAAAGGUGGUAGAGGAUAUUGAAUACCUCAAGUAUGACAAAGGGCCGUGGCUCGAGCAGGAUGACCGUACUCUUCACCAUCUGCGGAUGCUGGUUCAGAAUAAGCUGGAGGUGCUGAAUUACACAACCAUUCCUAUCUAUGUCCCGGAAGUCACGAUCGGAGCUCACCAGAGUGACCGCGUCUUCCAGAAAUUCAUAGAGGUGAGGUUUUGA